ACUAUAUUUCAUAGUUAAACUUUUAGUUGCCACGAGAGUUUGAAUCAUGUUCAGGGCGCUUGAAUCUGCGAAUAUGCCAUUAAUACAAAAGAACAAAUUUACAUUUUGCGCCCGAAAGGCCCAAAGGUGAAAUGCAGGCGGUGCCAUCCUUUUGAUAGUGCAGCUACUGCUCGUUCAAAAGGGCCUGUUUAUAAGAGGAAAAAAUGUCCCUGGCAGGAGAAUGACCCUAUUUCCCGGUGACCACAGGACAUCUUUUAACAAGAAUUGAUAUGAAAACAGCUGUUCUCGCCUGCUGAGCCCAAAAUUUGCCAUUCCGGUUACGCGCAUGCUCUAUAUGCCCCGAAUUGUUCCUGCUACGCAAGUCCAACUGAUACUUUAAGUGGUGACAGAAGAAGAGAUGGCUUGCCUCCCUCCUUCCCCCCACCCCCCACAGGGUCACUCUGGUUACUCUGGUACCCGAGCUUACUUUCUGAUUUGUCAUGUGAACAAUUCUGACCGAUCCUGCUUCUCAUAAAGAAGAGCGUGAAAAGCUCUCUUGGGUUGGUUCAGUUUAGAAGGUGACCCUGACCUGCCAGGGAUAACUUUCUCCCUUAUUUUCAACUGUCAAUCUUGUUUUCAAUCAAUAUAUCUUGUCAGAAGCUCUAGGAAGACAGAACGUCAAACAUAAUUACAGUUGUAAGCUUGCCGUUUAAUUAACUUUUUUAAACUUUUCUGACGUAAUAGAGAUCUCUUAGUCGUUGUCAUCACAGUUCUUCACAGAAACCUAACCUGCAAUGAUGACGAUUUAUCUUAUCCCUGAACCGUGACCUUCAACAAUUAGGAAAGUUGAACAAAAAAGCAUCAUUGUGCCUGCCUGAAGAUACAGUUGCAUUUCAACUCCAGGACUCCAGACUAUCACGCUUUCAGCGACAGACCGUGUAGGUGAGCUUAGCACCAUGUCUAGUGCUGGUGAGCUCGAAAGCUUACUGACGGAAAGCGUGACCACAACGGUCAUUAAAGACGAGGAAUCGGGUAUUGCGUUGAUAACGCAGACCAAUCAUGAAUGGGCAGAAGAAUACCAAAGGCUGUUGCUCGAACAUAAGCAGCUUCUGACCAGCUAUGAUGGCAGGGAGAGCAAGUACCAAGAAUGUCAGAGAGAGAAUGUUAAGAUCCAGAGGCAUAUGGAGCUGUUAACUGAGAAGUACAAUGUAGAGCGAGACAGCCUCACGCGGCAGAAAGAGGACGUUAACAUUCAAAACGAGAAGUUACGGGCAGAACUCCGUGAAAAGAGUAUCAAGAUCGGCGACCUGCAGAAGAGUUUGGUGGAACGUCAGAAGAGGGUCGACUCCCAGAAGGAGGAGCUUCUUGGCAAAGUCAAGCUGGUCGAGAAGUUGGAAACUGCCAUCAACGAUCUUCAAGACAAGACUAUUCUAGAGCUUAAACAGAAGCUUAACAAGUCCGAAGCCACCCUGGAAGUCGUUCAGAAGAGAAGUAGCCAACUUUCCUUAGAACUCAAUCAGGCUGACGACCAGUGCGAGGAAUAUGAACGGUCCAUUGAGAAACUGCGCCAGGAGAAGAUAGAACUUAUGGAGAAGCUAGCCCGAGCCGAAUACGACAUCAGAAUGGCCGUUGACGCAAGAAACAAGGCAGAGGAGAAGUUGUCGUCCUUAGUGGAAACAGAAAGAUCACUUCGAGACAAAAACAACCAGUUUGAAGCGGAUCUUCUUGCUGCACAAUCAAAAAUAAGAGAUCUGGAAAAUGAACUCAAUAAGCGGCUGGCCGAAGCAGAGGAAUCAGGUUACAACAUCACUGUUGUACAAAGUGAUGUGAGCCUUCAGUCCGCUUCACCUGAAGUUUCCACGUUUGUCUCUUUAGGAGAUGAUGUGCUUAAUAAAGAAAAGGAAACACUCAGGAAGAAUGUUGAAGAGCUGGACGUUAAGGUCAAGCGAUUUGAAGGUGAGAACUUCGAUCUGAAGAGGAAACUCGAUAUGGUUUCUAAGGACGUCAACAAGUGGGAGAAUAAGUAUGAGGAGGAGAUUAAGGAGAGGAACAAAAUUACCAUUCAACUUGAAAAUGAGAAGGGCAACUAUGGGCGGCUUAAAAACGAGUAUAAUGAACUAAAAAGCAAGCUGGCUAAGGCAGAGAGGACAAAUGAACACGACAAGAAGGAGAUGAUUAAAAAAGACGACAUGAUAAACGAUCUGAAAGCAAAGAUUUUCCAGCUGCAGCAAGACAUCGAUGCCCGAGAAGACACCAUUGCCAAGCUUGAAAUGAAACUGGAGCAGCUGAAUAGGGAAAUGGAAAAGCUUUAUGAGGACGUGUUGGAACACCAGAGGAAAUAUGGCGAUCUUAACAGUGAUCACAAAGUCAGUGAACAGGAGAAAGAAUCUGUACAAAGGGAUUUCCACCACGUGUCCAUAAGAAUUGGGGAGCUGGAGAGUAAGUCAAGAGAAUCGGAGGACGAAAAGAAAUACCUUCAAAAGGAGAACGCCGAUCUCCGACAGAAGCUAUUACGACUGGAAGACGAACUGGACACUACGUUCAAGGAUAAGACAGUGUUUGAAAAUCAGUUGCAAGAAUGGUCUGACAAAAGUACCAAGGAACGCAAGAUGGCCGAGAAUUUGCGGAAGAGGUUUGCACAAGCUCAGGAAGAAGUGGAACAAUACAAGAAUGAGUUGAUACAAGUGAACACCAAGAUCGACGAGUUGGUUGAGAGAUUGUCGGAACUUAACUCUCAGUACGAUACUAGCCAAACAGACCUUUUAAGUGCUCGGGCCGAUUGCGAGUAUAAAGAUGACGAAAUAAAGCGUUUGAAAAAGGAUAUUAACGACAAAGAAAAUAACAUCAGCAAGCUCGAAGUUCAGUUAGAGAAGGCAAUAACAGAAAGGAACAAUUCAGAUGUUGAACUUGCUGGCGUUCUUGAAAAGCUCCAACACGUGGAAAUAAAUCGAGUGGGUAACGAAGAACAGCUCACAUCCGUAGACGUGACCUACUCGCACAGUCAGACACAAGAACUUCAAGGUGACUUGGCACCCCUCCGUCGAAGAAUCUAUGAACUUGAAAACGAAAACAACAGAUUGCAAACAAUUGAGGAACAUCUUCAUAGCGACAUCAAAGACAGUGAGAACAAGAUAGCUUCAUUGCAGAGGGAUCUGAAUAGGGCCAAUACAGAAAAUGAACAUUGGGAGAGAAAAACAGCUGAUUUGGAGAAUAAAAUCAACAUCCUGGAAAAGGAGGAAGAUGAUCUGAAUAGGAUCAGCACCGAUCUUCAAGGACGAAAAGAUGAACUGAACGUGGAAGUCGAGAAGCUGCAGAAGAAGGUGGAGACGCUAACUCUUGAGCGCGACAAGUUGAAGGAAUAUCUCAACGAUUAUAACUCGAAACUCACCCAGAGCAAACAAGAGCAAAACGACAAAAGUCUAGAAUUCUCGGAACAGGUUAAAGUCAACACCACGCUUAAAAUGAUAGUAGAGAAACACGAAGCUACCUUGCAAUCACUGACUCAAAGAUGUAGAGAGCUGGAAGAAGAACUGGAACAUUUGAGACCGGAAUUAAGAACUGCAUUGGCCAGAAAUGAAACACUGGAAGCGGAGAGCAAAGAUCUGGAUUUUCGUACCAAAGUACAGAAACAGACGAUCGAAGACCUGCAAAAAGAACUACGAGAAGAGAUUAAUAGCAAGGAGUUACACGAACAAGAUUUAGACUCGUUGACCUACAAAUUAACCGUGGCUGAGGGAAAUAAUAAGGCUCUGACCAAGCAAAGAAAUGAUUUGCAAAGUCAGAUCGAUGACUUGGAGACCAAACUGAGGAAAAUCAAGCCAGAGCUUGAACAAUGUCGUAACAAGCUAAAAGACAAAGAUCGCAUCAUAGGUCGGUUGGAUGCAGAUGUGAAAGACAAGGAUUUGCAGCUUAACGCCGCCAAACGCAAAAUCAGCAUUCUAGAGGACAAUGUCACCUCCACAAGGAAAGAGUUAGAAGCCCAAAAGAGUGCAAACGAAAUCAACCGUAAUCGCGUACAAGAGCUUCAAAUUCAGCUUCAGGAGAUGAGCAGUACAACGCAGACAGCUGUGACGAACGUUUCUAUCGUUCAGUCAGCACCAUCACAAAGUUUCACAGAAGAAAGUUCCCGCAGCUCUUCAGACGAAAGGGUUCAGGACUUAGAGAUACUGCUAAAGAAGAGCGAGAGCCGGGAGAGUCAGUUGAGGGAAGAGCUCCAGCUCCUUGAGGACCGCCUUCCAAAAGUAGAAGUUGACGCUAAGACAGCUCAAGGGAAAGUGAACGAGAUUCAACGCAAUGUCAAUACGCUUCAGAAGAAGCUAGAAGAGGCCAGAAAAAUGUUAGAAAGAAGUAACCAUGAAAAAGAUGCUGCCAAAAAAGAUUUGAUGGAAGCUCGAACACAGCUGACACUUUUGGAAACCAAGGGCAUGGCGGACGCGAAUGAAAUUUCAUCCCUACAAAGUCAGCUGGACCAAGUCCACCAACGUCUCGAGGAGACUCAUCAAAAGCUUCUUUCUCUUGACGAGGAUCAUGUACACCUUCGCCUGGAAAAAGAUAUCCACGAUAAAGAAAAAGAAAACUACAAUGUAGCGGUUGGGAGAUUGAAGGGUAAAAAGCUCGAUCUGGAGAAGAGGGUCGAAUUGCUGGAGUCCAGUUUGCAAUCAAGCAAACAAAUAUGCGACGCAUUAAGAGAGGAGAAGUCAAAGGCUCAACAGGAACUCAACGAACUGCGACAGACAACUCUAGCCGACUUGAAGAAAAACCUUACCCGCAUGCAAGGGGAGAGAGACCGUGCUUUGGAAGACUACAGGGCAACUAUGUCGAACAUAGAACACCUUGAAAAUCAGUUAGCUGAGGCCGCGGUGAAACGAAAAGAGCUAGAGAGGGACAACGAUAAUCUUGAUAACGAGACUCGGCAUCUGAAGAACGAAAUCGAAACAAAUCGUACAAGGAUUGAGGAACUAGAGGACAAAAGCGACACAUUAAAUCUGCAAAUCCAGCAAUACGAAAAGGGUAUAGAUGAGUUGAGAGAAACAAGAAGCAGACUCGAAGAUGAAGUUGCGGACCUUCAAGUUAAGUUGGCAGAGAAACAAGACGUCAUUAAUAUUUCUUCUGUAAAAGUCUCCAGUGUAGAAACUACAUAUGCAGCAGCCCCUGGUUUUGAAUUCGGUUCACAACAAGAUACUUUCAUGGACCUUACUAAUGGAAAAAUCGAUCCCAAGGAGAAACUUAAACAAGUAGAAAUGGAGUACAACGUUUCAAAAGAGCAGCUGAAUGAUUACAAAAACAAGCUGGGAGUCGCAGAAGAAAACAAUUACACCUUGGAGUCAAACCUUAAAGAUGCAGAAAAUGACCUCAAGGAUCUUGAAAUGAAACUGCAAGAAACCGUAGAGGAGUUAAAUUUGAUGACUGAUCAAUAUCAAUCAGCGGGACGCGAACUCGAGCUCUUAAAAGAAGAAUUACAAGAUGCACAGACCAAGUUAAGUACUGCUGAAGCACAGCAAAUUACAGUAGUUGCCAAACUGGGAACAGUGCAGCAACAGCUAGAUGCUACCCAGAAGGACCUGCUUGACAAGAAUAGUAUUGUUAUCGAAAAACAACGCAAAAUCAAUGAGUUCUAUGCUAUCCUUGAGAGCGGCGACAAAGACUCUGAUCGCUUGAAACAAGUUAUUGAGGAGUUAAGAGAGGACAUUGACGUGAAAGACAGAGAGAACGCAAAGUUACAGAAAUAUCUUCGUGUAACUGAAGAAAAUGUUGCUAAACUCCAAGUGAACUUGGAAGAAAUGGAAGCAAAGUUACACGAUACAGAACAUCAGAGAGAGGAAUACAAAAUGAAAGUCGAUGGGUUUGAGGUAGAACUCGAAAUGCGAGAUCGAGCACUGGAAGAGGCACAACGUGAAGUAGAUGACACCAGGGACAAGUUUAAAACAUCUAAGAAGGAAAUCGUCACCAUACGUAGUCAACUAAAGGAGGCCAAUGCCAACUUAAAGGCCGCUGGUGACGGAAAGAGGAUCCUUGAAGGACGAAUUGCUGAGCUUCAGGCAGUUAUUGACAAGUUAAGGAAAGAAUUGUCAGCUGGGAUUAAUUCUAAGCCUGGAAAUGGUAAUGUACAUGUAGAUGACUUGAGGAAGAAGCUUCAAGAAUACAGAGUAAAAUUGCAAGAUUUCAACAACGAGAAAAUGAAACUAGAGCUGGAACUUCGAGAAAAAGAUGCAAAGAUUACGCGUGAUUCUGGUUCUUCGGAUACAUCACGCGAAGAGCAGGACCAUCUUAAAGACGAAGUUAUAAAUUUACAAGCUACUCUUAAAGAAACGAAGAAGAAUUACCAAAAAGGGCAGAGAGAUUCAGAGGAACUCCAACGCCGCUUGGUGUCAAAGGACAACGAAAUUAAACGCUAUGACGACAAAAUUGCGAAAUUACAGGAAGAAAAAGAAAAACUGAAGAAAGACUGUGCCAACCUUGAAAAGAAGAACUCUGAUUUGAAGAUCGAGUAUGAGAAGCUUAAAUAUGAGAAAAGCAAAUCAGAAAAUGAAUUAUCUCUGUUGAAGAAGAAGUUUCAGGCUCUGCAAAACCAACUGAACGUAGCGGAUGUUUCCAAACAGAACCAAGAUUUUGUAACCAGAAAGAAGUAUCAAGAGUUAGAAGCGAGCUGCCAGGAUGCACUGCGAGAGAGGGAGAAGUCAAGGAGUGAAAUGGCUGCUUACCGCACCAAGAUGGCAAGUCUAGAAGCCGAGCUCAACGAACAAAAGAGCGCAAAGGAUAUUUUGGAGGAUGAGUUGCAUCGUUUCAGGAACAUCGAAACUGAGCUUAAGACUAAGCUCCAAACAUCGAGGGACAGGCAUAAAGAAGACAAAGACAAGAUGCUGGAGUGGCGUAAAAAUAAUUUCUCCGCCUUGGAACAGGAACUUCAGAGAGCCAAAGGACUUAUUAAAAAGCUCGAAAAGAUGAACGCAGCCAAAGACCACGAAAUUGAAGAUUUGAAGGACGAUCUUGCUGAUCGUGAAAAAAGAAUUGCCAAGUUGGAGGACGAACCUGUGGGGGAGGACAUUAUCGACGCUAGAGCCUUGGACUCAGUUAACAUCGACAUUAGAGGUGAUUCUCAAGCCGUUAAAAGGGCUCUGGAUGAAAAGGCAGAUGCAGUGAAAGAAGUUCAGAAGCUUAAAAGCCAAAUCUGGAAUUUGGAGCACGACAUGGACAUCCUUAAGACAAAUGGGACUCGACAGGAACGACUGGUAGCUGAAGUGAACAGCCUGAACGACAAGUUAAAAGAUGAGCUACGACAGCUGAAGAAAGGAAGCCGGGAACAGCAGAGAUCAUUCAAGCUUGGUGCAGGGAAAAGCGAGCUCGUCUACCAACUUAACACGUUGAAAGAGGACAAAGAGGAACUGGAAAGGGACAAUCAAGAACUCCGCGACGAGCUGAAUGAAGUCAGCAGUGAAAAUCUGAAAUUGAUAAUGGAGAGCAAAGAACUCAAGCUCGACCUGCAGCAACUAGAAAUCAAGCUGAACGAGCUAGAAAUGGGACACAAGCUAGUAAAGGAAGACAACGAUAAAAUUCGAAGUGAUUUGCUAUUGUUCCAGAGCGAGAAUACGGAUCUGAAAGAAAGUCUUAAUAGACGGAAUGAUGACUUUAUCCAGGUGCAAGCAGUAACCACAGUAGAGACGGUAGAAAGCGCCCCGCCAAUCAUGUUUGAUGUUGACCUUGACGAAAUAAAACGAGAAAGAGAUAAACUGAAAAUCGAGUUAGAGGCGGCAGAAGAUCAGGCUAAGAUGCUGCAGACGGAACUUGAGGAUAAGCAGACCAGAAAUGGUAGGAUUCAAGUUGAGCUGAUUGAGGUGAAAAGAAUAGUUACAGAAUAUGAAGUAGACAUCAAGAAGCUAACCACUGAACUAGAAAACCUACACCAUGAGUUGGAUCUGGCGAAUCAAAACUACGAAGAUCAACGGAACGAAAAUCGUGUUCUUUUGGAUGCAAAAGAAAAUCUCCUGGUGGAGACUAACGACUUACACAAGGAGGUGAAGGAUCUGGAAAUACAGCUUCAAAACCUUGCUAAGGAGAAAGCAGAAUUGGAUAGACAGAUAAAGAAUGCCGGCCAGACAGCUACAGAAAGACGAUCCUCGCGAGAUCUUCACAAUGAGAGGGAAAAGAGGAUCAGAGAGCUCAUGGAAAAAGUCUCACAGUUGGAGCAUUACAUUGAAAAGAGUGCAUACCAAGUGUCAACCCUGGAAGAGGAAAAUAGUGACCUGCAAUUAAGGAUCAAUACCCUGAAAGAUGAGAACAGCGAGCUCUACACGAAGUUAUCCCAGUUUGAACUCGAUAUUAGGAGGGACAAUAGCAGGAUCGUGGAGCUCGAGAAGGAGAAUCAAGAGCUGCAAGAAAUGUUAGGAAACAGUAAUGCAAACGGAAUCGAUUCGGGGACUGAGAGCACAGCACUGUUGCAGCAGAUCAAUACAUUGAACGACAGAAACAACAAGCUGCAAACUAGUCUACAACAAGCCAAGCAAGACAAAGCCGAGCUGAAAAAACAACUCGAUGAAUACAGUAACAGGUUCGACGACACCUCUAGGCAGCUAGCUGUGCAGAUUACUAAAUUCGCUGGAGAUCAGAGUGUGUCAUUGAGAAAUGUGGCCCUAGAGAAAGACGAAAAAAUUGAAAAGCUGCAGCAAGAGAAGCUGGAAUUCGCAAUGAGGCUGGAAAGUCUGAAAGAGGAAUUAGAGGCAGCAAAAUCUAGCUUCAGCGAUAUUCAGAGUCAAAAUGAAACUCUACAGCUAAGCAUCAAGACCCUGACAGAGGACAAAAUCAAACUGGAUAUCAAGCUUGUGGAAGAAAUAAACCUCCACAAAGUCAAGAUUGCUGAAAUGGAGGCCGAACAAGACAUUCUGAGGAACAAGAUUAAAGAAAAAGACAAUCUGGUGAAAAAGUUUGAAGUACAAGUUCAGCAGCUCCGCGAACAGUUGGCAACAUCUGUGUCCAGCAACCAGGUGUCUACUACCUUGGUCAUUGAUGUCAGUGACAAACGUCGUAGGCAGCGACAGCUCGGUCAGUCGUCGUCUUAUAAAGAAGGCUUGAUGAACAGGUUUGGGGGACUGUACCGUUCGACAAGUGAAGGCAAGAUGCCUUCUGAGCACUCUCAGUUUGGUGGGACGCUCAGUAAGCAGCACUCUCGUGGCGAUCUCAACAACGUUAGCUCAGCAGAACACCUCUUCAAAGAGGCAGUGGUGACCACCGAAUCCCAGCCGGAGAAUAGCACCCAGGAUAGUACCAGGAGACCAAUCUCCGAUGAUGAAGACAAAAAGAGUGGAAGGAAAGUAUCUGAAAAAGAUUCUUCUGAGAAUCAAGUGCAAGAGAAGGAAAGGCGGCCUUCCGUUCGCGGAAAGGAUCGUAACAGAGCCGAUUGCAAACAGAAUUAGGAACCAUGAUGGGCUCUUGGAGCUUGCAAUAACAGAGCUGUUAUUUAAAUAUGUGAACUCUAACAUCGGUUUUAAUUUGACUCUCAAGACACUAGUCGACUUUGUGGGGUAAACCGUCUCAGGGGCCUGGACUCAGCGGAGGACUGGCAGAUAUAGGUACAACAUUGAGUUACAAAGUAGUUUACUUAAGUGAUUUGAUAGAUCGGAUCUAUUUUUUGCAUAGCAGUCUAAAAGAUAGAAGUUUCCAUCUCCGAUAAUGGGGUCUUGUGGUACGAAAUUUGCUAGUAGGUUUCUUUUGGAAGACCUCCCUCUACAGACGCCUCAGCGGAAAGGGCAUAAGAUAAGCAAGGGAUGCUAAGGAAUUGGUGUUAAAUGAUCUUCAUAAAUCAGGUUUAAUGAAGACUAAGUUUUUGGAAGCGAUACAAAAAUUUGUUUUUGCUCUUUUAGAUGAUGAUAUCAUUUAGUGGCAGUUAAGAUUAAGCUACCUAAAACUAGGUCUACAUCCACAUUUUGCAGCCAUAUGGUGCUAGAGGGCAGGGAACUCGUGAGAAACUGCUUUAGGCCCUGUCCACACUACGCUGGAGAAAUUUAAAAACCCAAAAAUCAGCAGUGAUUUGGGAUUUGUGUUUGAGGAAAACUCGGGAAAUCCCAUAAUUAUCGUGACGUCAUCGUUUUCAAAAUGUUUU